AUGGCGCAUGGCUUCCCAGUGGGCUUCGACCCAGUGGGCCUCACAGACCUAAGCUCUGGCUCUCUGAGCUCCCUCUCCUCCCGAGGCCACCUGGGCAGCGAGUCAGGCUCUGCAACCCGAUACCUGCUGAGAAAGCAACGGCGGCUGCUGAAUGGGCCCCUCCGCGGAAUCCGAGCCUCAUCGCCCAUGGGCCGUGUCAUCCUCAUCAACUCCCCCAUCGAAGCCAACAGCGAUGAAAGUGACAUCAUCCAUGCAGUUCGAGUGGAGAAGAGUCCAGCUGGGAGGCUGGGGUUCAGUGUGCGAGGUGGCUCUGAGCACGGCCUGGGCAUCUUCGUCAGCAAAGUGGAGAAGGGGAGCAGUGCAGAGCGGGCUGGUCUGUGCGUGGGUGACAAGAUCACCGAGGUGAAUGGGCUGAGCCUGGAGAGCACCACGAUGGGCAGUGCUGUGAAGGUGCUGACAGGCAGCAGCCGCCUGCACAUGAUGGUGAGGCGCAUGGGCCGCGUACCAGGCAUCAAGUUCUCCAAGGAGAAGACCACAUGGGUGGAUGUGGUCAAUCGGCGGCUGGUGGUGGAAAAGUGCAGCUCAACGCCCUCUGACAGUGGCUCAGAGGACGGCGCACGGCGCAUCGUCCAUCUCUACACAACCUCUGAUGACUUCUGCCUGGGCUUCAACAUCCGCGGGGGCAAGGAGUUUGGCCUGGGCAUCUAUGUGUCCAAAGUGGACCAUGGUGGACUGGCCGAGGAGAACGGCAUCAAGGUGGGGGACCAGGUCCUGGCGGCCAAUGGUGUCAGGUUCGACGACAUCAGCCACAGCCAAGCCGUGGAGGUGCUGAAGGGCCAAACACACAUCAUGUUGACCAUCAAGGAGACUGGCCGGUACCCUGCCUACAAGGAGAUGGUUUCUGAAUACUGUUGGCUGGAUCGAUUGAGCAACGGGGUGCUGCAGCAGCUGUCCCCCGCCUCGGAGAGCAGCUCCAGCGCCUCCUCGUUCGCCUCCAGUGCCCACUACAGCUCGGCUGAUGGCUGGAGCUCCCUGCCCUCGGACUGCAUGGAUGUCUGCCUGGGGCCUGAGGAGCCGGGCAGCUGGGGCCCAGGCCGGGGGCGGGCAGACACGGCCAUGCAGACAGAGCCAGACGCGGGGGGCCACGUGGAGACCUGGUGUAGCGUGCGGCCCACAGUCAUCCUCAGGGACACGGCCAUCCGCUCCGACGGCCCCCCGCCUGCCCCCCGCCUGGACUCUGCGCUCUCUGAGUCUCCCAAAACUGCUCUGCUCUUGGCCCUCAGCCGACCCCGGCCCCCCAUCACCCGCUCCCAGAGCCACCUGACCUUGUGGGAGGAGAAGAAACAGCGGAGGAAGGAGAAGUCGGGGUCCCCUGGGGAGAAGGGGGCCCUGCAGCGCUCCAAGACCCUGAUGAACCUCUUCUUCAAGGGAGGGCGGCAGGGGCGGCUGGCAGGGGACGGGCGCAGAGAGGCCUGGACGCUGGACAGUGGGAGCAUGGCCAAGCCCCGCCCCCACCCGGACCUGGAGAAAGCCCCCAGGGCCCUGCUCUCUCCUGGUUCUCCUCCUACUUCUCUGGCCACUCCUCUCCUUCGAAGGCUCCUCUUUUUCUCUCUGUCCCUUGAAGCAGGGGGAGCGGGAUCCGUGCAGAAGUUUGUCACCUGGAGGCUGAGACGUGACCGGGAGAGGGGCCGGACUCUGCUCUCUGCCAGGUCCAGGAGCCCCUCCAGCCAGCUGCCCAACGUGGAUGAGAGGGUGCAGGCCUGGGAGAGCCGAAGGCCCCUGAUUCAGGACCUGGCCCGGCGGCUGCUGACUGACGACGAGGUGCUGGCUGUCACCCGCCACUGUUCCCGGUACGUGCACGAGGGCGGCGUGGAGGACCUGGUGAGGCCCCUGCUGGCCAUUCUGGACAGGCCUGCGAAGCUGCUGCUGCUGAGGGACAUCAGGGGUGUGGUGGCCCCCACAGACCUGGGUCGCUUCGACAGCAUGGUGAUGCCUGUGGAGCUGGAGGCUUUUGAGGCCCUCAAGAGCCAGGCAGUUUGGCCUCCUGCCUUGCGACCAGCCCGGCAGGACACACCGCCCAAGCGUCACCUCAUCACUCCUGUGCCUGACAGUCGUGGAGGCUUCUACCUACUUCCUGUGAACGGCUUCUCAGAGGAGGAAGAUGAUGGGGAGCUGAGGGAGCGUCUGGGGGGCCUCCAGGUCUCCCUGGGUGCCUCUGCCUCCUGCCACCCUCAUAAAGGGAUCCCCCCUCUCCAGGAUGUGCCAGUAGAUGCCUUCAUCUCACGCAGAGGCGCCUGCACACCCCCUCCCCAGCCACCCCCCGUGGCUCCCCGGCCCCCGAGGCCUAACUGGCUGCUGACAGAACCCUUGACCCUAGAGGGCCCUCGGCAGAGCCGGAGCCAGGGCCCAGGCCAGAGCCGCAGCCGCAGCCGGGGCAGAGGCAAGUCCCCCGGGCGCAGGCGUUCCCCAUCCCCGGCACCUAUCCCCACUCCCAGCACAGCCAGCGGGCGCUACCACAAGCCUCGGAAGGCCAGGCCUCCUCUGCCACGACCUACGGAUGGGCAGGUGGCCAAGGCAGGGGCCAGUCAAGGGCCCUCUGAGAACGGAACUGGUGGGACAGCCGAAGAGGCAGCCACGAAGGUCCCCAGUGGGGAGCUGAGGACCGUCACGCUAUCCAAGAUGAAGCAGUCCUUGGGCAUCAGCAUUUCUGGGGGCAUUGAGUCCAAGGUGCAGCCCAUGGUGAAGAUAGAAAAGAUCUUCCCUGGGGGCGCCGCCUUCCUCAGUGGGGCCCUUCAGGCUGGCUUUGAGCUUGUGGCCGUGGAUGGAGAGAGCCUGGAGCAGGUGACCCACCAGCGGGCAGUAGACACCAUCCGCCGGGCGUAUCGAAACAAGGCUCGGGAGCCCAUGGAGCUUGUGGUCAGGGUCCCCAGGCCCGACCCACUGCCCUUACCCUCUGACUCAUCAGCCCUCACUGAGCAGCGGCUUCCUGGUGACCAUUCCCCUGCCCGCUGACCCCUUGAUGGUACUCCAGCUACCUCCCACUGGCUCCCAGAACCUCCCAUUAAUGCCCUUCCCACCCAUACCCAGACCCCUCCCGCUGAUGCCAGGCUUCUCCAGCUGACCCCCAGCCCAGUGCCCUCUCCAGUCUUCCAGCCUCCUGAUACUAAUCCCAGACUCUCCCCAGCUACCCUGUAACUCUUCCCACUGACCCCCGAGAAUCCUCCUGCCAUCCCCUGGACCUCACCUACUAACCACUUCAGGCCUCAAGAACCUCCCACUCCUGCUUGCCUUGCCUACUCCCAAAGCUCCACACUGGUGGCUCAGAUCCUCUCCCCCGACAUUCUCCCUCCCCAGUUGUCACUAAGGCUCUGCUCAUUCCAGAUAAACUUGGUGUCAAGGACAAGGUGCUACUGGGCAGCUCUGUCACCAGCUCACUAUCUCCAACCUCCCAAGACAGGAAGGGGGUUGGGAAACCCAAGGUCUGGAGCUUAGGAUUGGUGUGCACGUUCUCAUGA